CAAAAGGAGACCUUCUUCUUGGACAAGAAAGCUUUUAGUAGCCCUUUUUCUGCUCUGAACUUUGUCUUAGUUUUUAGGCUGAAAUCCCACAAAGCAAAUCAACCUCUUCCUCUUUCUCUCUCUCUCUCUCUCAUCUGAACGACCUCUAUUCUCUUUCGGUUUCUCUCUCAAGAACACCGCCAUGGGAGACAGUCAGUACUCAUUCUCUCUCACCACUUUUAGUCCUUCAGGAAAGCUAGUGCAGAUCGAACACGCCUUGACGGCAGUUGGGUCUGGUCAAACCUCUCUAGGAAUCAAAGCUGCUAAUGGUGUUGUUAUUGCAACCGAGAAGAAGCUACCUUCAAUUUUGGUGGAUGAAUCAUCAGUUCAAAAAAUACAGUCGCUGACACCAAAUAUUGGAGUUGUUUACAGCGGCAUGGGUCCUGAUUUCCGAGUGUUGGUCCGAAAAAGUAGGAAGCAGGCAGAACAAUAUCAUAGGUUAUACAAGGAACCUAUCCCUGUUACUCAACUUGUGAGGGAAACUGCCGCUGUGAUGCAGGAGUUCACUCAGUCUGGAGGUGUGAGGCCUUUUGGAGUGUCACUGCUGGUUGCUGGGUUUGAUGACAACGGACCGCAACUGUACCAGGUGGAUCCUUCAGGUUCAUAUUUUUCGUGGAAGGCCUCUGCAAUGGGAAAGAAUGUCUCAAAUGCAAAAACAUUUCUAGAGAAGAGGUAUACUGAUGAUAUGGAGCUUGAUGAUGCUGUGCACACAGCUAUUUUGACUCUGAAGGAGGGGUUCGAAGGACAAAUCUCUGGCAAAAACAUUGAGAUCGGGAUAAUUGGCACAGAUAAGAAAUUCAGAGUUCUAACCCCAGCCGAGAUUGAUGAUUAUUUAGCUGAAGUGGAGUAGUUUUUCUAUCUAUCACUGCAGCUUUUGAAAGUAAACGAUAUUUGAUGUUAAAUUUGUGAGUUGCGAAAUUUUUGCAUAUAUACGAAAUUGAUUUAAUGUAGGUUACUAUGCCGUGUACGGCUGGCUACCUCUAUGGCUUUUUCGGUUGGAACAGCAUGUUUGCCAGCAUUUUGUGGCUUGUGUUUCUUUAGAUGUUCAGAUAAAUCUAUUUCUUUGGUAUUCAGAUAAAAUGUUUAAUUCUACUAUUAUAAUUGAAUUUGGAUUUUUAAGGUCAA